AUGAUGAAACGUAGUAUAAUUGAGUAUUAUGCUGAAAAUGAACGUUAUAAAUGUGGUUAUUGCAAAAAGCCUGAUUCGAAUUAUAGUCAUGGAUUGUGGGCACACACCAUGACAGUAAGUGACUAUCAAGAUUUAAUAGACAGAGGAUGGAGGCGUUCAGGAAAAUAUUGUUAUAAACCAUCUCUUGAUGUCAUCUGUUGUCCUAUGUACACCAUUCGAUGUAGAGCUUUAGAUUUCAAACCAUCAAAAUCUCAGAAAAAAGUGUUUAAACGAGUUAACAAAUUUUUGAUGGGCCAAGAUGAAGUGAGUUCUGGUGAAAAGUUAAAGUCAAAGAGUUGUGAAGAUAUGACAGUUGAUGAUAUAGAGGCUAGAGAACAAUAUAUAGAAACCACUAGACAUCAUCAUAAUAUUAACAUGGAUAUACCAUUUAUAGAAGAAGAGGGAGAUCCAAGAAAUGAAAAAUGUCAUGACAUUAAAAGGGACAAGGAAAUAGUUAAUCAACCUAGUACAAGUGGGACUAUAAGAGAAAAUGAAAAACCACCACUGAAAAUUGAUGAGGAAAAUUAUAAAAAUACUAAAACUAAAAAAGUUGUAGGUCCAGACCCAGUUAAAGGACCUUGCAAAAAAGCAAAACAAUUAAGAAAGGAGAGGAUGUUAGAAAAAUUAAAAAAGAAGGGUGUUGAUAUUACUUCUAUAGAGAAUAGUAAUAAAAGUAAGGAAAAAAAAAUUGAGGAUUUUAUAAAUGAAUUGCCCACUGAAGCCAAAAGAAAACUUGAGGUAAAACUAGUGAGGACUGCACCUCCUAGCCCAGAAUGGUUGGCUUCAUCUAAGGAGAGCCAUCAAGUCUAUGUAAAAUAUCAAAUGACUGUUCAUGGAGAUAGACCAGACAAGUGCACUGAGCCCAAGUUUCAUGACUUUUUAGUCCAUAGCCCAUUACUAGAAGAAUAUUCCGAAAUGGGUCCUCCAUGUGGUUAUGGUUCAUUUCAUCAACAAUAUUGGCUUGAAGGUAAAAUUAUAGCGGUUGGAGUAUUGGAUAUCUUACCCAAGUGUGUAUCAUCUGUGUACUUCUUCUAUGACCCAGAAUAUAGAAAUCUGACUUUAGGAACAUAUGGUGCUCUGAGAGAGAUAGAGUUUUCGAGGCAUUUGCACAGUUUAUGUCCGGACCUUAAAUAUUAUUAUAUGGGAUUUUACAUUCAUUCUUGCCAAAAAAUGAGGUAUAAAGGAAACUAUUUUCCAUCGGAUCUGCUCUGCCCCGAAACAUACAAGUGGUUUCCAAUCAAGGACUGUAUUCCAAAGUUGGAACUCGUUCCAAAUUCUCGAUUAGACCCGGAUUUAGAUAGUAUUGAUGAAAACUUUCCAACAGAGAGCGAUGUUAACUAUAUACCAGUGUUGUAUAAAGGAGAAGUAAUGAGAUAUAAGUUAUACAGACGGAAAGUAGGUAAGAAAAACGAAGAAUUUGAAGAAAUUCAAGAAUAUGCACGUCUAGUCGGCGCUAAAACAGCGAAAACUUUAAUUUUCGUUAAA